AAUGCGCUUGUUUUCGUCGGUUGGUGGCACGUGUUUGAGGGUAAUUUCGCGUUGCGGACGUUUCGGAUUUAAAGAAUUGAUGCAAAAAGUGUGCCUGGCAAUGCGAAACAUGUCCCUGGUUCCGAUUGCGUGCUGCACCGAGUGCGGCCGGUUUGUCCCGCUAUCGGUGGCUUGCACUGAGUGCGCCAAUUGCUGCUGCGGGCCUUGCUUCGGGUUGCCGGGAAACUCGGAGCUGCGUCUAUUUGCGUACAGCGAAUGCAGGGUGUGCGUUGCUUGUCGGAUUUCUGUGGGACAGGUGAAGAAAUCAAAGGAUGAGAUGGAGGAACUGGCUGUCGAAGGAAACAUUCAGGUGAAGCUGGAAGCUUCCUCUGAUCAACAAAUCGGAAAAUCACAAUUUGGUGAAUGUUCAGUUCAAGAGAAUCCGGAUGGCGACGCUGAAAAGUCAUGCGUUACGCAACCUAAUGAUUCCUUGAAUGUAUCCGAAAGUGGCAAAGACCGAGAACCGGAAGAGGUCCCUGAAAAACGUGAUGUUUUCCCGGAGCCAGUUGAAGGAAUUCCUAACUUGGAAAACAAGGACUCCGAAAAACCCGAUUCCGUAGAAAGUAUUGACAUUCAAACUGUUUUGCAGGAACCUCGGUUCCAAAUGUUUAAUUUUGAACUGUGUGAUCUGCACAGCAAAGAGUUGCGGCUGUUCUGCCUUAAUUGCGAACAGCGCAUUUGUUCCGAUUGCUUCUUGGUGGGAUCAUCCCACAUGAGACAUCAAAUUGACUUAGUUGAAACGGUUUACCGGGAACGGCGAUCCGAAACCGAGAACAAGUUGGCCGCGUUGGAAAACUCCGUAGUAGGCUUGCAGGAUGAAGUACUGCAGAGCGAGAAAAAUUUGGAAAUUCUACAGGAUGCUGAGCAGGCCAUCCUGGAUGAGGUGGAAGCGAUUUGCAGCGGAGCCAAACAAAGUGUCGAAAAAAUGACCGCCGAUAGGAAGCGCAAACUGCUGGAAAAAAUGGACCUUCCGGCUAAGAAGCGCAAACUGAACCUGGAGUUGCAGGGAAUGAUCAACCAACUGGUCCCAGAUGAGUUCUUCCGGAAGCAGCACCUUGUAAACCGGCAGUGUGACGAAAUAAUCGAAAGCUGUGCCGUGCCAACUUUUACGCCGAUGGAGUUCGAAGAUAUCGGGUGUGAGCUGGUGCCCUCAUACCAGAUGCAAACAUACACGCUGGCCGGCUUCGACAAGCCCGUUUGCGGUUGGCCGCAGCACAUAACCACAGCCUACGAUGUGCAGUGGAACGUGUUUCUGCGUAAGAAGCAAUCACUUUUUGUCAAAGUGGUUCCCAACGAGGGAGACCAACACUUUACCUACUAUCCGUACAAGCUGUUGGUACUGAUUCCGCAUCCGGAUAUUCGCAAAACGAUCACUCGAACGUUCACCCUUAAAGGGGACAUCAAGGAGGAAUCGAUCGUGACCAGCGAUUUCCUCGAGGCCAAUGGCUUCCUCGAUAACGGAAACGAGCUGGUCAUCAAGAUCGGUCUUCGUCCUUUGAACGCCAUAACCGAAAAUCGGUUCCUCAAGCAGCAAAACCGAGACAUGAAAGCCAGAUUAGAAGUACUCGAAAAGAAACUCUUGGUUACGGAUUGCUAUUUUAAUUGCAAAUUCUACAUUAUGCAGUUCAACUUGAAUCUGGCGAAAGCUCCUAAACGGAACACCGAAGCCCACCAUUCGGCAAUUUUGAUGGACCGCUUGGAUCGGCACUGGGUCCUACGCGUUUAUCCCUUCGACGUCACCGUUCCGGAUACCAACCUUAAAGUGUUCAUAGUGCUGCGCAAGGGGUCCCGCACCAAGUGCCGCUAUUUCAUCGAGCUGUUCCACGAUGAUCCGAACCAGAACGUGAUGCAGACGACCGAGAGUUCGUUUGACACCCUGGAUGCCGGCUACGGGUGGCACUGUUUCAUGGACCGGAAGCGGCUGCUCAGCGACGCCGGAUACUACCCGAACGGGGUACUCCGGUUCCGCUUCGGGGUGCAGCCUCUGGACUGAUUUGAUUUUUUUUUUUUUGAAUUUCCAUAGAGAAAAUACUAUUUGUUUUAAACCACUUUUAGAUGGUUACUGAUUAAUUUCUUUCAAUGCCACUUCUAAAUAUUAUCGAUGCUUUCAUAGUUAAUGUCCUUCAAACAUUUUAACAGAUUAUUCUUCUGUUUAUGAAUUAAUUUUUAGACGUUUGUUUGUUAUAGAAAUCAAAUAAAAAUAAUCUGUUCGAAUCAACAGAGAUCGAAUGUAAAAUUCUGAUUGAAAUGUGUUAGGAAAUGUCGGUGCAACAUCAAACAUAGAUAGAUCCCCAAAAUAUUCAUGAACAACUCUAAUAUUACUUAUAAUCUUUUAAUCAGAAACUUAAAGAAAAUCUUUUUUUCCUGUAGGCAUUUUUUGGAGCGAUGAGUGGCUUACUUAGAAAAAAAAAACACUCCUGGUACGUAAGUAAUAUUCGAGGUAAGGUAUAAAUCAGAGAACUAUACACAAGUGUUACAGAAAAUGAAAUCGACGGACUGGAGGAAACCUGUGGAGAUACAAAACGAAUUGUCUUCUCAUAAAUCGUGUUACGUACCUUAAAAUUAGGCACAUAAAAUUAGAUCGAGAAUACAUUGUAUACCAGCAGCAAAGUUAUACCGGAAUUCCUCAACUUUGGACUUCUUCGAGUGUAGAAAUUGUCUGCAAAAUGAACACACCAAGAAAAAAUGUACUCUCAGUUCCGGUAACGAACAUUUCGUAGAGAAGCAAAAAUACCCCGGUUGUAACCAAUUUGGAUAGCCGAAGCAGUAUAAUUUUGCAACUGCUCAAAAAUUGGUCUGGAAAAGAAAAAAAAAUUACGCCAACAUUGGAAAUAUCGAUCAGCAAAAAUAGGAAAUCCAAUCCAAGUCCACCUUUUUUUUGGGAAUUAGAAAAAGUUGGUUUGCAAAAAAAAAAUGAUAACAAAAACUAGGAUGCCUUUUGUAGAUUAGUUUCAACCGAAAUCAUGCGCUGCAGGCAAAAGAUGCAAUCUUUUACACCUUAGAUCAACUAAUUUAUGUAAAGGUGAUCCCAGGAAAUGGAACGCAGGGAGAACAGAAAAGAACAGGUGUUUUUAUCAAGGCUUCGGGUGGAGCACACCAGAAGCACUCAUCGCCAUUAUAUAUCAGGUGGAUCAGAAAGGAUAUGCGACGUAUGCAAAAUAAGACUCACAUAUAAUUAUCGAAUGUCCCGAGUUUCAAGGACCCAGAG